AUGGGCAAAGCAGGGGCAUGUAAAAGUGACAAUGGCUCAUUUGCAGGAGUCUGUAUGAGAAGAUCCCACUCUGGCUCCUCACUGAGCGGAGAUCCUGAUUCAACUAUCCUCUCUUGUUUGUCCUCCACAUCCCCUUCUGAAGAUUCCAACGUCCCCACGAGCCUAAGCCGUGAUGGGUCAACACAUCCUAUAAACUACAUUCCUUCCGAAGUACUUUCAUUAAUCUUCAUUCAUUGCGUCUCCUUCCCACCCGACUUUACUGAACCACUCAUCCUUUCGGAAGUAUGCCGCAAGUGGCGAGCUGUUGCCCUGCAGACACCAGCAUUAUGGAAUACGAUUACUCUACCAAUACCAGGUUUUGAUGGUGGACUUCCACAUAUCCAAAUAGUGGAGAUCUUCCUCAAAAGAUCUGCGGCGCUCCCACUAAAGGUUGAUCUAGGCUUGAUAACUGGAAUUACUCCAUGCUCCGACUCUCGAAGAGACCUUGAGCUGCGCGAUGAAGUCGUGCAGACGCUCGCUCCUCAUACGAAUCGUAUAAGAGUCUUGGAGAACGUCAUGCCUAAUCAUCUCCUCCAUCAGUUCGGUAUCUCCCGUUUAAGCUGCCUCGAGGAAUUACUGGUCUGUGAGGAUGAGAAGUCAGGUCACGUCGACUAUCCAGUGGAUGGGAACCAAUUUUCGGACACUUUGCGACUUCUCGACUUGUGCGGAACGAUGUUCGACAUCAGGCGGGUAGGACUGCCCCAGAAUCUCUCGGAGCUGUAUGUUCGCGAACCCACUGGACAGGGACAGGUGUCUGUCCCACAGAGCAUUGCUCUUUUCUCUGCAUUGCCACGUUUGACACACUGUUAUUUGGAUAUCACCCGUCAACCGGAGACAGGAGCAGAAAUUCAAGGGCCACUGCGUGUUAGCAUGCCGAACUUGGAGGUGUUUUAUUUUAGUUGGCCGAGGGAUAUCGAUAUCGGGCCAAUACUCGAUGCACUCGUGGCGCCCAUACUGAGCACUCUGGGCCUACGCGCACAGUACGCCGCCACAAUUCCAUGGAACGAACUAGUCCGCUUUGUAGAGCGCGAACUUCCUCCUUUGUCCAUUGUAUCUCUCGUUGGCUCUGGUAACAUUCAUCCUGGUUUUGCGGAAUGUCUGAAAAACACCCCCGAACUAGAGAAUCUGACACUCUCUGGGUUUGAGUUGGGUCCCUCCUUCCUGGAUGCACUAACUCUUAGGCAUGGAAAAGAGACGUCUGGGCUACUUCCAAGACUAGAGUACCUUGACUUUGAAUGGUGCACUUGUCCAGACGUUGGUCGUCUUGUCUCUAUGCUUAGAUCCCGUGGUAGAGAUAUGCCCAAUCAAGAGAACUGUUUGGAAUAUUUCAGAAUGAGUACCGAAGCACUCACCAAAGCAGAUAUAAGGCAGCUCCAAGGUUGUGGCAUAGAGUGCUGCAAUAUACAACGGUUAUGA